AGGUGUAAUAGAAAUGGAGAAUGUAGGAUAGAAGAUUGUUAUGUUAAAGAAAGAUCUAUUAAUGGUUUCAAAUUUGAUUGAUUAAACUUUAUAAAGAGAAAAGGCUAUGGAAAUUGAUAGAAGAUUUAAUUUUUGUAAAUUCAUAAAAGAAUUUUUGGAUUAAUCUAAAAGAGAAAAAGAUAAUAAUUCAGAAAUUAAAUAAUGGCCUAAAGAUUGUUUUGUUAGAGAUUGUUCUGAAAAAUGCACUAUUAAUAUAGUAGAAAAGUCUGAAGAGAUGUUUGAUCAUAUUACAAAAGAAAUUUUACAUUGGAAAGAGUAGAAUGAAAUUUAAAAAAGAGAUAAAUUAAGAAAAGAAGAUUAAAUAGCUAGAUAUGAAAAAUAAAUUGAAGAUUUAAUUAUAGAAAAACAAAAAUAUGAAGAAAAACCUAUUGUAUAACCACCACCACCUAUUGUAUAACCACCUAUUGUUCCACCACCUAUUCCUGUGAUUCCUCAAGAACCUCCUGAUGAAAAAUCUGAAAGUGUUGCUAGAUUUUUAGCUACUUUAUAUUUAGAGGCUAGAAAAUAUUAAUUAACUUUUGAUUAGGUUCUAUCUGAUUCAUUUCCAAUUUAUAAAAUACAACAUCAAUAGCAACCAAUUAAUUCUAAAAGUGUUUUCCCUUUUUCAUUAAUGCAAAUUGAAGGAAAUGAUUUAGUCUAUAAAGUUAGAAAAGAUAAUUGUUUGGAGAAAAAUGAUAAAGCUUAUUGGGAAAAUUACACAGAUCCAUCAUUAUCAAAUACAUUAUAUUAUUAGAAUGACUAUUUUAAAUAAAAAGUUAAUGAUAUCAUGGAAAUGGCUGAUAUGGAUUAAAUGGUUUAUGCUUAAGGUUAAGAUGAUGAUAAACAAGAUGAAGAUGAUAAAUUAUUCAAAAAGAAAGUAAAAGGAAGUACAACUAGAUUAACUGGUUCUAAUGGAGGAUAAAUUAAAUGA